AUGGACUCUCCCCACUUCACGCUGUUAUGUUUCCUGUCUCUGACCAUUGCAGCUCCCCGUCCAGAUAUUGCCCUGUCCAGUGAUGGCUCUGUUGAGAGGUUACAAGAGCCUUUUAGCAAAACACAUGUGACGGUCUACCACUGCAAAGACUGUGAGAGCAGCAUGUGCAAAUCAUCCAAUUACGAAGACUUUGAAAAAAUUGGUGAAACACAAGAUAAGGCAUUUUCAAAUGAAGUAAUUCAGUUGGUGACCAGUGAAACGGUCAUCACUAUGUGCUUUCAUCAAGAAAAUACUUUUCCUAAAGGAAUUUAUGCCAUUUUCUGGGAGAAAGCCAUGGGGGUAGGAGACUCAUGUGGCAUCCUGAAUUUUGAAGCUUCUUCAGAAAAUGUGAGGGGUAACGUCAUUAAAAUUUGCUGUGGAGCAAAGACAGACCUCUCAGUGCCCAACACUCCGCUAAACUGUUACACUGAAGAGUCAGAUGAAAAAACCACAACACCAACAGUCAAUAUCACUGUUGAAGGUAAUCCUCAAUUUUCAAUUGGCACAAAGAGCAAGAUUAACAUCAUCAUCAUCAUCAUCCUCGUAAUGUUUCUUGGGGUUUGUGGAGUAGCAUUGGCAAUAUAUUGUGUUCGACAGAAGCAAAAUGGUCAAGGUGAAGAAAAUCAACAGUCAACAGACAUUAUCAGUGUUUGGGAAGGAGACUCCAUCAGCAUAACUUGUUCAAUGAAAGUUUCAGAAAAUGAAGUGGGAACGUACUUGACAACUAGAAUACAGCCAUCCAAUGUGAUCUAUGUUUCCAAGAAUUUUUCAUAUCUCCUUCCUGCUUUGGCUAAUCGUAUCAAGUAUUCAAAGGAAGGAACGAAUUUCAGGAUAACUCUGCAUAAUGUACAGGAAUCUGAUUCCAAUAUCUAUGUGUGCAAUAAGUUUAUUAAAAAUAAAGGCCAUCAUAAAAAGCUGAAUGGGAAGACAAGCAUAGUAGUGGUGAAAGCUAAAACCAGCAGAGUUGUUGAACAGUCACCACUCUACAUCAAUCCUCAGCAAGGCCAGUCUGUCAACAUUACCUGCGCGUUGAAAAGCUCACAUGAAGAGGAAGGGAUCUACUUGCUCAGGACUCAGGUGCAACCUGAGAGAGUGCUGUAUGUUUCAAGCCAGAAUGCUUCAACUAUUUUUCCUGCAUUUGCUAAUCGCUUGGAUUAUUCAAAGGAAGAAAAGAAAGUAGUGAUAACUCUACGCAACCUACAGAAAAACGACAGUGAUAUAUAUGUAUGUGUUGGGGUGUUGAAGAAUUCCUCUUUCCUCUCAGGGAAUAGAAAGGGCACCAUGAUACUGAUUAAAGAUUCAGAAAUGGAGCAGAAAGACUGCAGUAUUAAUUCCUGGGGCACCUAUGGUCUUAUCAUCGCAGUAGUGCUACUGUUUUCUGUGCUGACGUGCUGCACCUGGUACUAUGCCAAUUAUUUCCAGAAAAAAACCCCAAAUACAAUCUAUGAAGAUAUGUCUUACAGUUCGAGACGUAACACCUUGGUCAGAAGCAACGCUUAG